UAAAAACAGAGCAUCCUAUAGGAUGGGAAAAGAUUCUUGUGGAUGCCUAAGGCACAGUUUAGCAACACCCAGAGUGGCCAAGAUCAUCGUCUCAUUCUCUUCUCCUGCCUUUUGGCUUAGAUGGGAAGAAAACAGCCACUGAAGUCUCAGAGAGGGUUGUAGCCCGUGGUAGGAUGCAUCAGCAGGCACGUUUCAGAUGGCAGCAGAAAGGCCUCGGUGGUUUAAUGAAUGUGUGUAAAUGAAAAGUGCUGCAAGGACAUAGAGUGCUCCUGAUUGCUCAGAAGUGAUCCUGACUUCAAUGAGAUCUUCAGUUGGUCACAAUCAGUCGUAUUGUCAUCGGCUGCAGCACGACAUGUACUUUCUUACAAGCAAUAGCCAGUUGAAUGAGCAAGUGGUUGAUAAAAUCAUUCUUCAGCUUAACCGAGUCUACCCCCAAAUUCUUACCAAUGCGGAAGCAGAGAAGUUCAGGAAUCCAAAGGCGUCACUCCAUACCAGGCUUUCUGAUCUGAUAAAGCACCUUCAAAAGAAAGGAGAGAGGCACUGUCAAGAGUUUUACAGGGCUCUACAGAUCAAUGCUGAGCAGCUGUAUAAUGACCUACCAAGCAGGAAAGUCUUGAAAACCACAGAUCCCACAGAGAUAAACACUGACAAGGAGCAAUAUUUGCUAAAUGACAGGGGUCCAGUGUUUUUCCUUGCUUGUUUUAGCGUUGCUGCUGGAUUUGCAUUGUUUUGGUAUUGCUAUAAUACAGAUACGAAAGUCAUGGGAAGAGCCAGGAGAAUCUUGGGCUUUUCUCCUAUUAUCAUAGGAAGACACGUUAGAAAUAUUUGUAUGUUGUAUUUGGAAGACAUAUCAAGAAAUUAAGGAACAGCUGCCUCUUUGCUUGUCUG